GCUCUCCCAUCAAGACCCAGGAAUCCUUCUUUCCCAUUUGGGGAAAAAAGCCAUUUAAAAUUUCAUAUUCAAGUAUGGUGUUUGAGGGGAAAGAUGAGAGCAGUUAUUCUGUAUUAUUUAAUCUCAAAUAUCUUUUUUUUUUUUGAGACGGAGUCUCACUCUGUCACCCAGGUUGGAGUGCAGUGGCGCCAUAUCGUCUCACUGCAACCUCCGCCUCCUGGGUUCAAGCGAUUCUCCCACCUCAGCCUCCCAAGUAGCUGGGACUACAGGCGUGCGCCACCAUGCUGGUCUAAUUUUUGUAUUUUUUAACUAGAGCCAGGGUUUCACCAUGUUGGCCAGGCUGAUCUUGAAAUCCUGACCUCAGGUUAUCCACCCGCCUCAGCCUCCCAAAGGGCUGGGAUUACAGGCAUGAGCCGCCGUGCCUGGCCUCAAGUAUCUUUUUUAAAAAUAAUUUUGGAUUAGGGCAUUUGCACUUCUGUUUAUGUUUGUUUGUUUACUUAUUUAAUAGAGACAGUGUCUUGCUGUGCUGCCUAGGCUGGUCUCAGACUCCUGGGCUCAAGCGAUCCUACUACUGCCUUGGCCUUCCAAAGUGCUGAAAUUACAGGCGUGAGCCACUGCGCCCGGCCUGCACUUCUGUUUUCAUAAUUAGAAAGCAGAAUAAGGUGAGUGUGCUUUCUAUUGAUGUAUUUUAUUUAUUUAUUUAUUUAUUUAUUUAUUUUUGAGACGGAGUUUCGCUCUUGUUGUCCAGGCUGCAGUGGUACAAUCUCUGCUCACUGCAACUUCCACCUCCCUGGUUCAAGUGAUUCUCCUACCUCAGCCUCCCAAGUAGCUGGGAUUACAGGCAUGUGCCACAACGCCUGGCUAAUUUUGUAUUUUUAGUAGAGAUGGGGUUUCACCAUGUUGGUCAGGUUGGUCUCAAACUCCUGAUCUCAGGUGAUCCACCCACCUUGGUCUCCCAAAGUGCUGAGAUUACAGGCAUGAGCCACCUCGCCCGGCCUCUACUGAUGUAUAUAAUAGUAAGAGACACUGUGGUGUGUAUGCUGUUGAAUGAAACAGAAGAGAUGGCCAGUGAUUGUGUGAGAAUCUGGAUUUCAAAUCUGCAAAAGGAAGGUGCAGAAGAGACCAUGAAACGUAUGGUGCAAUAGCCCUACUUUUGGUGGGAAAAAUAUACAGCCAUUCUGGUGAAGCAGUUUGGGCCCCAUGGUAUCCCUGUGACAGUAUUUCCCAAAAGGGAAUAUAAGGAUAAACCAGAAGCCAUGCCGCUCCAAAGUAAUACAUUCCAAGAAGGGACAGAAGUCAAGUGUGAAGCAAAUGGUGCUGUUCCCGAUGACCCUUCUCCCGUCCCGCAUCCCGAGCUGAGCUUGGCUGAAAGCCUGUGGACUUCCAAACCACCACCUCUCUUCCAUGAAGGAGCACCUUAUCCUCCCCCUUUGUUUAUCAGGGACACAUAUAACCAAUCAAUACCUCAGCCACCUCCUCGGAAAAUUAAGCGACCCAAACGAAAAAUGUACAGGGAAGAACCCACUUCAAUAAUGAAUGCUAUUAAACUACGACCCAGGCAAGUUCUGUGUGAUAAAUGUAAAAACAGUGUUGUUGCUGAAAAAAAGGAAAUUAGAAAAGGUAGUAGUGCAAGUGACUCUUCUAAAUAUGAAGAUAAAAAACGGAGAAAUGAAAGUGUAACUACUGUGAACAAAAAACUGAAAACUGACCAUAAAGUGGAUGGGAAAAACCAAAAUGAAAGCCAGAAAAGAAAUGCUGUGGUUAAGGUUUCAAAUAUUGCUCACAGCAGAGGCAGAGUGGUAAAAGUUUCUGCUCAGGCAAAUACAUCAAAAGCUCAGUUAAGUACUAAAAAAGUUCUCCAGAGUAAGAACAUGGAUCAUGCGAAAGCUCGGGAAGUGUUAAAAAUUGCCAAAGAAAAGGCACAAAAGAAGCAAAAUGAAACCUCUACUUCCAAAAAUGCACAUUCAAAAGUCCAUUUCACACGUCGAUAUCAGAAUCCUAGCUCAGGUUCCCUUCCACCCCGGGUUCGUUUAAAACCACAGAGGUACAGGAAUGAAGAAAAUGACUCUUCUCUGAAGACAGGACUUGAGAAAAUGCGGAGUGGCAAGAUGGCACCCAAGCCCCAGUCUCGCUGCACCUCUACCCGCUCAGCAGGUGAGGCCCCUUCAGAAAAUCAGAGUCCCUCAAAAGGCCCUGAAGAGGCCAGCAGUGAGGUUCAGGACACAAAUGAAGUGCAUGUGCCUGGUGAUCAGGAUGAACCACAGACAUUGGGCAAAAAGGGCAGCAAAAACAAUAUCUCUGUUUACAUGACCCUAAAUCAAAAGAAAUCUGACUCUUCCAGUGCUUCAGUGUGUAGCAUUGAUAGCACAGAUGAUUUGAAAUCUUCCAACUCUGAGUGUAGUUCUUCUGAAAGCUUUGAUUUUCCUCCAGGCAGUAUGCAUGCACCUUCCACCUCCUCCACUUCCUCCUCUUCAAAGGAAGAGAAAAAGCUCAGUAAUUCCUUGAAAAUGAAAGUCUUUUCCAAAAACGUCUCUAAAUGCGUCACACCAGAUGGCAGGACCAUAUGUGUAGGGGACAUUGUUUGGGCCAAGAUAUAUGGCUUCCCUUGGUGGCCAGCCCGUAUUCUUACUAUAACUGUGAGCCGGAAAGAUAACGGCCUUUUAGUCCGACAGGAGGCCCGUAUUUCAUGGUUUGGGUCUCCAACAACAUCUUUCCUUGCUCUUUCACAACUCUCCCCCUUUUUAGAAAACUUCCAGUCACGCUUUAAUAAGAAGAGAAAGGGCCUGUAUCGCAAGGCUAUCACAGAGGCAGCUAAGGCUGCCAAGCAGCUGACCCCCGAAGUGCGGGCUUUGUUGACACAGUUUGAAACGUGAACAUGGGCAGUAAGGUAGGCAAGACCAUUGGAAGUCACCACAGAUUUUCUAGUCUAGUUAGGAAUAAUUUCUACAAAAUAGCGUGGCCGGAUUGGAGAGAGAAGUUGCACUCAGUUGGCUGGCUUUUUAAUACUUACCUUAUAGCCAUUUUUAGACUGAGAGCUUAAACUGAACAUAUAAUCAAAUUUUGUGUUAAGGAAGUGAGAUUUUAGCAGUAUUUUUCAGUUUUGAAGUUCAAAACCAUCCCAAGGCAUAGGAGCCAUAGCCUCAACUGAAAUUGAAUUUUUGUAGGGACUGUUAAUUGCCAUUUGUACCUAAUACUGUAUAUAUACAUAUAUAUAUGUGUAUAUAUAUAUAUAUAUACACCCGUGUAUAUAUAUAUAUACCCAUGUAUAUAUAUAUAUACCCGUGUAUGUAUAUAUAUACACACGUAUAUAUGUAUAUAUACACACAUAUAUAUAUAUAUGAAAUAUAGCCUGUCACUGUGUGACACAGAUUGCAUAUUUGGGAUUGCAAUAAGGGCUUGGUGAGCUGGGGGAAUAGUGUGGAUAUUUAAUGACUACUUGUUUUUUAAAUAAUGAACACUUAGCCUUUCUAUGCGCAUAAUGGUGUAAAAGUUAGAUGGUUAGGUGUUUGACAAACAGAUGGUUGCUAUUCAGUUACAGACUGGGGAAAUAGCCCAGUGUUUGGGAUUAAAACUGUCAAGACUGGAUAGGUGUUAGUCAUCACUGUCUUUCGUCCAGUGGGGAUUUAAUAAAUACUUUCACGCUUCUGGUUUGGGAGUUUAGAUAGGUUUGAUUUUGGAUUUGUAAAUAGUGAUUGCUAAAUUUGGUCAGAUUUCUCCUGACUGGCUGUUCCUAAAUUCUUAGGAUGUGUCCCAGUAAAAUUAUACUUUGUGAAUUAAUUGUCAUAUGUGUAAUUGUUGCAUUUUGGAUGUACCUAAUUUGAUAAUUAAAACAAAAUAAUUUCCGUUUAAGGUAUCUGUUUGCAGGUCAGAAAAUGAGAAAAUGUAAUUGUGUAAUGCUCUGAAAUGUAAAAAAAAAAAAAAAAAAAAAACCAAAAAAAAGCUGUAAAUAAAAUCAACUAAAUCCAAAUUAUUUGUGUGUGUUUCUCAAAAAGCUUUGAAAAAUUUCAAGAUGGUAGAAAAUUAUUCUUUGUAAGAGUGUUUAGAAGAGAUGAAAAAUCAAACUUUUAUUUUGCUAUUUGCCCUAUCAGGAAAUAUAUUAUCUGAGAUAAGAAAACUUCAAAUAAUGAGAGAUGAAUCAGUAUAUUCUCAAAAUAAGAUUUUGUAGUAUAGAGGUUUGAUAAUGCUUUUAGAUUUGAUACCCCCUUCCUGCCAAUUUCUCAUAAAUGUGUGAAUUUUAAUUUUUAGCCUUAAUAUUUCAUCACAUGUUUCCUCUUUUUACAUUCGGGUAAUUACAACCGGUCUCUUCUGUUUGGUUUUCUGCCUCAUGUAUCGCUGCUUUUGGGGCUAGUAACUUAGCUUACUAUUUUUCUACAUGGUCCAUCUGUCCCUAAGAUUUGAUUUCUUAUUUUCCAUUUUUAGCUUUGUAUUAGUAGUGAGAAAUAUAUCUGAUUGGCUGUGGAGGCAAGUUUAUCUCAAGAUUUUUAAAGUUGAUUUCAUACUUUUUGUGUCUUAACUUUGGGAGAUCUAAUUUCAAUACUUUUAGAAAUUUAAAAUUUAGCAGUUUUUUGUGGAUUUCUAAAUCCAAUUUGAAGUAGUUACUAUGGAACUCAUAAUGAAAAGAUUAAUGGAGAUUGAAAAUCAAUAGUCUUGUCAGCUUUCUUAAGGUUAUUGACUGAUUGCGAAUUUUUGCAAAAGCAAGUAGAAUUUCUUCUGGGGAACUCACUCAAUGCUUUUUGAUUAUAAUAAACACACAUUUUAAAAACAGAUGUUUCACUUGAGUAGAACAUAUUCUUUCCUGCAAACAGAAACAGCUAUACUUAAAAAAAAAAAUUCUUUGAAAUUCAGUGUGGUUGAGAAGUUAUAAGGAACUAUCCUAAAAGAUUUUCCAAGUAUUUGUUUCAGAUUAAUGAACUUGUUCAAUCAGGUGUUUUUAAAAGUUUGAAAUCUAAAGUUCAGAAAGACUUAAAAGUCAUCAAAAUAUGUAAUUCCAAGGCUUUGUGUAAUGAUCUGGGUGAGUUUUAACAGUAGUUUGAAGUAGACAUUACUAAUAUGGUCAAGUGCUUGGUAAAUAUGCUGUUGUGGCAUAAACCAAAUUGGAUUUGUUUCAGAAGCCAUGGGGAAAGAGAAGAAAAAAAAAUCAUGAUUGUUGAAUAUAAAAAUAACAAUCAGUUUUGUAGAACACACCUUUGAGGAAAAGGUUGAGCAUAUCACAAAUGAUAUGCCAAAUGACCCCUUCGUUUUAAACUGGCAGUCUGGCAUAUUUCAUUUGCAGUUUCAGUAGGGAAGCAAGUUUUAAAGAAUCUGUCUAAUCUUAAAUGUGUAUUCUAAACUCUAAUAGCUGAAUAUUAAAAACUUUUAUUCCAAUGGAAAUGUCUUAGAUAAAUUUGUCCAGUAUCUACUGCAGAUGGAGAUAGAGUUGAAUUGGGUAGUUGUAGCCACUUUAUAUUUCUCUUUGAAAUGAUAAAAGGCACUUAUUCUUGAUACGGAGAUAACAGAAGUGGGUAUUUUUUCCCCUUGGAGUGGGAGUAAACUGGCUUAGACCAAAUCUGCGGCUUAAGAGUCGUGGCUAAAACAAAGGAUUGGCCAGGGGAGAAAUCAAGUGAAGGAAGAGUUGUGAAAGCUAAGAAUGUUUUUAUUUCUGGAAAUUCUCAGAAACGUAAAGCAUCAGAGUAUUUUUCCCUUU